AUGAAGACGAUGGAGGACUUACAGAGAAGUCUCAGUCCUCCGCCGUGUCCCUCCACUGUAACAGUGCGACGGAAUCCUCCGAGGAAAGCUAGAGCAACGCCGUAUACCACUGCAGCUAAGCCGCCUGCCGCCUCUCUGGGCUCCUCCGCGAAUACGCACCAAGUUCCGUCGUUUCCGAUCGACGAGAUUCUCUCCAUCCAAAUCCCGCAACCCGAGCCGAAAUCGUCGGUUUCGGAGAGUCUGAAGAUUUACCUGAGAAUCAAACCUUUGAAAACCUUCACCAAGGCAACCACCACAACAGCGAGGAGCAGACCUAGAAAUGUCUGGCCCCAGAAUCCUUCGAAGAAGACCAAUUUGGAGAACGCGAAGAAGAAUCAGAAGAGCGAAGAGGCUUGUAUCACCCUCAACGAUCCUUAUUCGGUCACACUAACUCCGCCUCAAGCGUUGCAAGAGCUGAAACGAAGCAAGACUGAGGUAUACGAAGGGUUUUCUCACGUCUUCCCGGCCGAUUGUUCCCAGAACGAUGUGUAUGGUAAAAUGGUUCAGCCAUUGUUGGAGGAUUUCAUGAAAGGGAAAAACGGAAUGUUGGCGGCAUUGGGACCUAGCGGCUCCGGGAAGACUCACACGGUCUUUGGAACUCCGAAGAACCCUGGAAUCGUUCCACUUACGCUCCGUCAAGUUUUCAAGAAGAGCGAUGAGAGCUCUCCUGGAUCCUUGAGGUCAUUUUACUUGUCCGUGUUUGAAAUAUGCUCCGAACGAGGGAAAGGGGAGAAAGCUUAUGAUUUACUUGGAGACGGAAGCUCUGAAUUGUCUGUGCAGCAAUCAACCAUCAGGGGUUUGAAAGAGGUCCCAAUCAAGAACUUGGAGGAAGCAGAGUCCUUAAUUGGACAGGCGAUGCUGAAACGUGCAACAGCUACAACAAAUUCAAACAGCCAAUCAAGUCGCUCACAAUGCAUCAUUAACAUAAGAGCAGCAUCCGAAGGCGUUUCUAACGAAACAAAAAUGCAGUCUGCUGAUGCUAUGCUGACGAUAGUGGACUUGGCGGGAGCAGAAAGAGAGAAAAGAACUGGAAAUCAGGGAGAAAGGUUGGUUGAGAGUAAUUUCAUCAAUAAUACAUCCAUGGUUUUCGGACAAUGUUUGCGGUCGCUGUUGGAGUUCCAGAAGAACCGAAAGAAGGGACUGCAGAAACAUCAUCAAAAUUCUUUGUUAACAAGGUAUUUGCGAGAUUAUCUAGAAGGGAAGAAGAGGAUGGCUUUGAUUUUAACAGUCAAAGCAGGAGCAGAGGAUUAUCUUGAUACCUCCUAUCUUUUGAAACAAGCGUCACCUUAUAUGAAAAUCAAAUUUGAUAACACUGAGGAAAUUUGCAACAAGAGGCAGCUCAAGACAUUUCCAAGAGUUGAAAAAAACAAGAAAGUUAAACUCAGUGCUCCCAAGACUUCCCAAAUUGAAGAAAUUGUUGUUGGAAAGAGAAACCAAGUUUCUCAGGAAGUGAAUUUGAAGGAAAAGAAAGCUGAUCCAACAGACAUAUCAUCUCCAACCGUAGAACAUGUUGCCCAGGAUAACACCGAGAGAGAGCACAUCAUCAUGCGGAAUUUUGCUAAAGUCUUAUGGAAUGUCCUGAAGCAGUACAACGAGAAAUUAAAAGUUGCAGAAGGUGACAUUUGCAGUCUCAAGGAAAGUCUUAGAAGUGAACAACUCAAAUCUCGUGAAUUGGAGACAGAGUUGAUCAGUCUCAAGUCUUCGUGCCUAUUUUCCAAGCCAAACCUGGUAGAACCAUGUAUACCUGAGGUAGAAGCACUUGUCCAUGCAAAAGAACAGUUCGAGGUCGACCCAAGUUUGGCUAAUGCGAUAAGUACUGUGGAUGAUGAUCCUUGCAACCUUAUCGAGUCAAGAAGAGAAGCCAGCGCAGAAAAAUUCAAUGAGUCUGCGUCUCCUUUGCCAAACAAAAACGUACUACGUGGUUUAGGAUACGAGGAAAACUCCUGUGCCGAGGAAAAAUCAUGUGCCAAGCAAGGUGAUCCUACACCUUCACCAGAACGUGUUGACGCUGAGCCAAAAAGAGAAGUCAGUGCAGAAGUAUGCAAUGAGUCUCAUGUGCCAAAAGAAAAUGUAGGACCUGGCUUAGGAUACGAGGAAAUCUCCUGUGCCGCGCAUAAAUGUGCCAAGCAAGGUGAUCCUACACCUUCACCAGAACGUGUUGAAGCUGAGCCAAAAAGAGAAGUCAGUGGAGAAGGAUGCAUUGAGACUCAUGUGCCAAACGAAAAUGUAGUACCUGGCUUAGGAUACGAGGAAAUCUCCUGUGCCGAGCAGAAAUGUGCCAAGCAAGGUGAUCUUACACCUUCACCAGGACAUGUUGAAGUUAGUGAGAAACCACAGGUUAAAAUCGCCGAGACUCAUGUUCAAGAGAAAUCAGAAGCAACUGAGGUUCGUGAAAUCGAAACCGCUCCCCGUGAAGCAGAACCUGCAUCAACUAAAAAACAGAGGAACGGGCAGAAACCAAAAAGGAGACUCCAACCUGCUUCAUCUGUGCUGUUAACAAGAGAAAUUAACACGUUAGAGAUCGAGGAUGAUAUCGCUGAGCCAAAGGGGACCAGAGGCGGAAAGAAGACAACAGUGGCACAACCGAGAAGCCAAGGAAGUGUCACUCUCCUCCGUCUCCUCACAAACAAUCUUCAUCUCUAA